AUGUUGAAUGAAUUUGUAAUGCAAUAUGACAAAGCAGUUGAGUCUCGAAGGGCCGCCGAAGAAGAUGAAGACUUCAAGACUAUGAACUCAAGGUCGAUUCUUUCUUCUCUUCAUCCAAUUGAAGAAAAAGCAGGUGAGUGUUAUACUAGAAAGAUUUUUGAUAUGUUCAAAAAAGAAUGGACAGAAGCUACUAGCAAUUUAACUCACGAGACUAUAAGCAAGGGUACAGAAGAAAUCAAAUAUCGAGUGGGGCAACUAAAAGUUGAAAAAACAUAUUGGCGAAUUGUUACGUUUUGUUUUUCUAAUGAGGUCAGUGUCACAUGUUCGUGUUCUAAGUAUGAGACAUGUGGGAUUUUAUGCAAGCAUUGUCUAUAUGUGAUGAAGAAGAGACAUGUUGAAACACUACCUAGUCACUAUAUUUUACAUCGGUGGACACUUAAUGCAAGGUACAAGGUGGGUAAUAGUAGAAUCGGACUCGAAGAAAUAAACAAUGAAAAUGAAGUUAGUUCCUACACAUUAUGGUGUGUUCGUUCAAAUUUUGCUAAACUAAUUGAACAAGCAAGAGACUCCCCUUCGGAGAUACAAAAACUCAAUAACUUGCUGAUAAGUCUUUUAGAUGAUCAAGCAAAUCGAAAGAAACCUAUAGCAAAUGAAUCUCAAGAUUCUUGUGCGAGAACUUCACUAGUAGAUAUGAUGCAUCAGUUAUCUGUCCGGGAUCCUCUUGGUCCAACUAACAUGAAAGGGCAUCCAAGAGUUGCAAGUAGAAUUAAGUCUUCUUUAGAAGCCCCGAAAAACGAAUGUGUUCUUACUGCCAAAGAUUGGGGGAAGAUGAAUCGAUGCAAGAGAAAGAAAGAUGAGAUGUGUAGUUUCUUUGAGAAAAUGACAAAUCUAGACAUUUCUUGA